CCUUUCCUGUUCCCCAUGUUCAGGGUCCCGAAUGUCCUUUACGACUCAAUGCCCUUCCUCUCUCCAGUCGCUUUGCUUGCCAGCAACCGGAGCCGCUGUCCCGCGCGAGCGACGUUUGCUUGCCCGCCCGUUGGUUGCGCGCCGCAGUCUCAGAUAGCCGCCUCCUCGCGCCGUUUCAUUUCGCCGGGGCCGCCAUCAUCUCCGUGACCACUUUAUGAGAGCUAGCCGCGCCUCUCGUCGCUAUGAGGGAUGACAAUGCUGCAUUCUCUGGCAGCGCCCUGGUUGCGACUACCUCAGAUCCCAGCGCACAACACUCACCCCCCACAUGCGUGCCCGCGAACGCAGCAAAGCCCCCAUUGAAGGGCCCCGCACCGCGCGGAUGGCUUACCAGCGUGCGCCGCCCGCGAACGAGUCCAGGGCCCCGGUCUUCAGCCCUGAGGAGGACGCAGCUGCUGGCCGACAACGAUGAUCGCAGGGACUCAGCCUUGGCGUCCUCCAAUUGCACCACGAGGAGCAAUGCACCCUCCUCGCCCACCAGUGUGCGCAGGACCCCCAGUCUCCCGGCCAUUGUAAUACAGGAUAACUACGCAGAAGGGACACGCAAGCCAUCGUCGCGUUGUUCACUAGAUUCCAGCGACGCCCACGAGUCCCCAUUCCAGGGUAUUGAUAUGGAUAUACCUACCGGCAGCUUUGACGACUUUACCUCAUCGACCCAGGUAUCUUUUUCGAAUCGCGGCAGCAUGAUGUUGGGUGGCAAGAAGGCGAACAGGCGCAGCAAACAGAUCAACCUAGUGUUGGAAGGUGCGAAUGCGCCUGAGCCAGCACAGCAAGAGCGAGAACAACAGGUGCUGUCACCGCCUGCUGUGAUAUCGAAUGCAAAUCGCCUGUCACCUACACCACGCACACCUUCACGAUACUCGGCACGCGCAAGGGCUGGGCACCGAGUGCUCUCUGCAGAUGAGAUGACGUUGUCGCGCAAAGUGCGCUCGAUGUACCAACACGGAAAUGAGAGUGAUGCAAAUUGGGAUGUGGACACAAACAGCCUGCCAAACAAUUCGGUUGACAACAGCAUCACCCUAAUUGCCAACGAAUCUACUUUGACCGUAAAUCGCAAUCGAGACGACGCUAGCUCUUUCGUGAGCUCAAGAGGGGAUGACCACAUAAACAAAGAGCCAACAGAGACUGCCGGAGGACUUGAAGAUUGGGCUGAUCUCGAAGGCGCUGAGGUUGAUAGAUAUGGUUUCAUUGUUGCCAAGAAACCGGGUUCUCGUGAAGGUGCAAAUGGAGAAGGAUUGGAUGGUCCUGACGAACCGCGGAUCCAACGAGUCUCAACGGCCUUACAACUUAUCGCAGAAGAGCCACGUCACAGAGGGGUCGGACGAACCGUAUCUCGAGCUCGAUCGUCUCGGUCUGCCGACCCUCGAUCGUCCCCACCCAAGCGACGAGUCUCGCAGAAAUCAUCGAGGCAAGCCAGAUCGAUCUUUUCUAAUAGGACCUCAGGCACGCGGACGUCAUAUCAUCCACUGCGUCAAGCGACAAACAGACUUCCUCAUAACAGAGAACGUCGAUUGCUCGAAGAGGCUAGUGACAUGCUCAAGUUGCCGCCAGGACUAGCACAGGUCGCCGAACAGCGGGAAGGUGGUAGAAUGGCCCGAUCGAUGAAAACAAAAGAAAUCAAAAGAGAGGAGAAGUGGCGGGCAAUGGCUAAGAUCGUGAAGACUAGCACAGAAAAGGGUGGUGGCAUGCUAUUCGAGUUCGACACUAAGGAUCCAAAAUUAGUCACUCGCACAUGGAAAGGUAUUCCAGACCGCUGGAGAGCAACAGCCUGGUACUCCUUUCUUGCGGAGAGUGCAAAGAAGAAGCAAGACAGCCCAUCAGAAGAUGAUCUGAUUGAAAGCUUUUAUGCGCUUCAGGGAGAGAGCUCCGCCGAAGACGUGCAGAUUGACGUGGAUGUUCCGCGAACAAUCAACAGGCACAUCAUGUUUAGGCGGCGGUAUCGUGGAGGUCAACGAUUACUAUUCCGCGUGCUCCACGCCAUGUCUCUUUAUCUACCAGAGACAGGCUAUGUUCAAGGCAUGGCGCCUCUUGCUGCAACGCUACUCUGUUACUACGAAGAGGACAGAGCAUUUGUGAUGUUAGUCCGUCUUUGGAUGCUUCGGGGCCUUGAGAGGCUUUACGAAUCGGGUUUCUCCGGCUUGAUGGACGCUUUGGAUGACUUCGAGAAAAAUUGGUUACGUGGUGGAGAUGUAGCCCAGAAACUGAAUGAGCUGGGCAUUACAUCGACUGCUUGGGGCACCCGUUGGUACCUGACUCUUUUCAACUAUUCGCUACCAUUCCAGGCCCAGCUGCGUGUCUGGGAUGUCUUCAUGCUUUUGGGCGACGCUUCUCACUCCAACUGCGCCGCAUCUAAAUUCAGCGGUGAUCUGGACGUUUUACAUGCAACCUCGGCAGCGCUAAUCGAUGCAACGAGGGAGAUUCUGCUGGAUUCGGACUUCGAAAACGGCAUGAAGGUAUUGACCUCCUGGAUCCCAAUCAAGGAUGAGGACCUUCUCAUGCGCGUGGCAAGGACCGAGUACAGAUUGAGGAAGAAGCGAGCGAAUGUCUGAAGAAGGAUUGCGUUCCGAUCCUUUGGACUUGACCAGAUUCAUGGGACACGGGAUCGGGAAGUUCAGUGGGGUCUUAGCCACCGUCCUUGCACAUCCUUACUGCUUCAAGCAUCAGUUCUUGGAAAAACGUCGAUCUUUCUGAGAUCAGUGGCUUGGUGGCGUCGCGUGCCCCCAACGUGGCUGUCACGUUUUCACACUUGGAGAUCCGCACAACCUUGCUUUUAUGGCAUCUCGGGCUCUUGUACUAACCCCUUACGAUCACACCAUCUUUUACUUCGUCUUAGCAGCGCAACAUCGUCCUGUGC